GAUUCUACUGGAAAAGAUACCACACUCCUGUGCUGACGUGGCACUAACUUAUUUGUUUUUUUCGCGUUGUUUUUGAUAGUUGGAAAAUUGCUCCUCCUUGGAAAUCAUCAAGCAGAAGAAUAUCGAGCAGCAAAAAUGGCGAAUUUCAACGUGAAUUCAAUCCUGUUAAUCGCUAUUUCGAUUUUGGCGGCUUCGGCUUAUGGAAUUGAGGAUAAAUGUGCCGCCUGCAAUGCAAUUGCUAUGGAGCUGGAGCGCGGACUCUCAAAUGAAAAACCGAGAAAUCAUUUGGACAUGAGACACCGUCUGGACUCCAAAGGUCAGCGACAAGGGAAGCUAAUAGACUACAGAGUCAGUGAGUUGAGAGUCGUUGAACUUCUUGAUGGGCUCUGCGAAAACAUGCAAGAUUAUACUCUCGAGAAGGUGGAUUCGAGCAGACAAUGGAUCAAGGUUAAGGAUUGGGAUAACCUUAAGACUAAUAAACAAGAAGCUCGUGCAUAUUCAAAAGACAUUUCAUCUUUCUGUGGAAGGUUACUGGAGGAAACUGAAGAUGAGCUUUCAGAGAGGAUAAAGAAAGGAUCUGUUAAAGCCGGAGAAGUAAGCAAGGUCCUAUGCCAAGACAUCAGCAGAUAUUGUAGUCAGACAAGUGGCAAUGGGGAAACAGUCGAUGAUGAAACCAGCAACGAAGAACUCUAAGGAACCAACCACGAGAGGUUGCUCUGCAAAAUCGUGGUGUAACAUUGUUUUGGUAGAAGAGGUUGUGAAUGUCACUCCAAAAGCUUUGUUUUACUUUUGGCUGGAAAUGGUCUUGGUUAGAAUUGAUUAACCCGCAUUUUAACUGUCACUCACACUUAAAAAAGAAAACAAUAUGUUCAUUCUCAAAAAAAAAAAAAAACAAUUAUGUUGGUCA